UUUAGUUUCUGACAAGUCCACUUCCCUGCAUCUUUUGUCACUCCCACCACCACUUCUCUCUUUGGCCUAGUUAGAAAGAAAGAACACACACCUGUGACUUGUGUUACAGAAGCAACUAAAACAUUCUCCACAACAACAAACCUUGAGUUAAAAAAACAACUCUGUUGGUUGUAUCCUCAACCAUUUCCGUCUCAACAUGUCUUGUUCAGUGCACCUCCUUCUCCUCACCUUCUUCCUCCUGGCUUUGCUCUUACACCCUCCAUGUGUUUUUGGUAAUGAUGAGCUUAGAGCCCUUUUGGACCUGAAAUCCAGUUUGGAUCCAGAGGGGCAUUUUCUGUCCUCAUGGACCAUGGAUGGCAACCCAUGUGGCGGUUCCUUUGAGGGAGUGGCUUGCAAUGAGAAGGGUCAGGUGGCAAAUGUGUCUUUGCAGGGAAAAGGCCUCUCUGGGAGGCUCUCACCAGCCAUUGGUGGACUCAAGCACUUGACAGGACUUUACUUGCAUUAUAACUCUUUGUAUGGAGAGAUUCCAAGGGAAGUUGCAAACAUGACCCAACUUAGUGACUUGUACUUGAAUGUGAAUCACCUCUCUGGAGAAAUCCCACCCGAGGUUGGCAAGAUGGAGAAUCUUCAAGUUUUGCAGCUUUGCUAUAAUCAGUUAACCGGAAGCAUACCUACACAGCUUGGUGAUUUGAAAAAGCUUAGUGUUCUUGCUCUUCAGUCAAACCAGUUGGCUGGAGCUAUCCCUGCUAGUCUAGGUGAUUUGGGAAUGUUGAUGAGGCUAGAUUUGAGCUCUAAUAGUCUCUUUGGUUCCAUUCCCACCAAACUAGCUGAUAUUCCUUCUCUGCAAGUUUUGGAUGUUCACAACAAUACUCUCUCUGGGAAUGUACCUCCUGCUCUGAAGAGACUAGAGGAUGGAUUUGUGUAUGAAGAAAACAUGGGAUUAUGUGGGGUUGGGUUUUCAUCCUUGAAAGUUUGCACUGCUUCAGAACAUGUCAAUCUCACUCAACCAGAACCAUAUGGAGCAGGAGUCGGUGGUCUGUCUAGAGAUAUCCCUGAAACUGCUAAUGUAAAGUUGCCUUGUAAUACAACUCAGUGCCAAAAUCCAUCAAAAUCCAAACAAGCAACAUCUAUUACAGUUGGCAUAGUUCUAGCUACGAUUGCAGUAUCAGCAAUUGGUAUUUUGACGUUCACUAUGUAUCGUCGGCGGAAACAAAGGCUUGGAAGUGCAUUUGAUAUCUCUGAAGGCCGUCUUAGUACAGAUCAAGCCAAGGGUAUAUACAGGAAAAAUGGAUCUCCUUUGGUCAGCCUUGAGUACUCUAAUGGAUGGGACCCUUUGGCCGAUAGCAAGAAUUUCAAUGGGGAUAGGCAAGAUGUGUUCCAGAGUUUCAGAUUCAACUUGGAAGAAGUGGAGUCUGCUACUCAGUAUUUCUCAGAGAUGAAUUUGUUGGGUAAGAGCAACUUUAGUGCAACGUAUAAAGGAGUUUUGAGAGACGGUUCUGUUGUUGCUGUUAAGAGCAUCAGUAAAACUAGUUGCAAAUCGGACGAAGCUGAAUUUUUGAAGGGAUUGAACAUCUUGACCUCACUGAGGAAUGAGAAUUUAGUGAGGCUGAGAGGAUUUUGUUGUUCAAGGGGACGAGGUGAAUGCUUCCUGGUCUAUGAUUUUGUUUCAAAUGGAAAUCUGAUGCGCUACCUUGACGUGAAAGAAGGUGAUGGAGAAGUCCUCGAAUGGUCAACUAGAGUUUCUAUUGCGAAAGGGAUUGCUAAAGGUAUAGCAUAUUUACAUGCAAACAAAGCAAACAAACCAGCCCUUGUUCACCAAAACAUCUCAGCGGAGAAAGUGCACAUUGAUCAGCGGUACAACCCGUUGCUUUCAGAUUCCGGCCUGUACAAGCUUCUCACCAAUGACAUUGUCUUCUCAGCGCUAAAGGGUAGUGCAGCAAAGGGUUACCUGGCUCCAGAAUACACCACCACUGGCCGGUUCACCGAGAAGAGCGAUGUUUAUGCAUUUGGGGUGCUUCUUUUCCAGAUCCUCACUGGGAAGCAGAAGAUCACAAGCGCGAUGCGCCUUGCUGCAGAGUCCUUCAGAUUCCCAGAAUUCAUCGACCCGAAUCUGCAUGGCAGGUUUUUUGAAUAUGAGGCGGCUAAACUGGCGAGAAUGGCCUUACUUUGCUCCCAUGAGUCUCCAUUUGAGAGGCCAAACUUGGAAGCCAUUGUUCAAGAACUUGGAAAUUGUAGUAGCUGUCUCUGAUUUGAGUUUUACUUUGACUACUUUAACCAUCAAAACCACACCAGUUUUCUAGUAUUUGGCCACUAGCUCAUGGUCAUGGUGGUGGUGACCUUGUAAGUCUUGACAUUUUUCCAUGUCCUUAAUUAAGGAGUAAGGACUAGUUUUUAUGUGAAUGAAUGCCUUGACAUUUCACAUUAGGUUGUAGCCUAAGGAAGGGAUUUUUAAUUUUUUUAUUUCA